CUUCUUCUUUUAACAAAAUCCUCUCUUUGUGUGAAUCUGGAACCAAACACUGCCUUAGAUUUCUGAUUCUGUCGCAGAGAUUUUAGUGCUAUGAUCUUUGCAGCUGCAUGUGUGUGUGUGUGAAUUUUCUGAAGUAAUCUGAGACGAACAAAGGAAACAAAAGAAUUUCAAUCAUGACGAAUUAAUUUUCUCUCUCAGCUUCUAUUGAGCAACCACAAGAACCUCAUUCUCUGCACUCGUAUCGUCAUCGUCAACAGCUCAUACGGUUACAUUAUAAUUCCGACUGAAACGUUUGUAGCGGAGAGAAGCUUCGAGUGAAAUCUUAAAGCUUUCGAGAAAAAGGAAGUUUACGUACCUGGAAGCAGAAGAGAAAGGUCGGCCAGCUUAAAUGUCGACGAAUAGUGAUGAUAUUGAAAAGAAUUACUCUGGAGUAGAGGAGCCUUCAACUUCAAGAAACGAGAUUGAUGAAAGUGAAACACAAAACUCGGAACCCACCGAUGAUAUUGAAAAGAAUUACUCUGGAGUAGAGGAGCCUUCAACUUCAAGUAACGAGAUUGAUGAAAGUGAAACACAAAACUCGGAACCCACCGAUGAAAUUCAAGGACGUGAUCUGUGUUUGUCAAAGAAAACAAGCGAUUUAAUAAAACAUCAUAAACCAAUACCGGAUGAGUGUGUAUUGCAGAAGAGCCCAUUGGGAAACACCGUGUUGCAUGUUGCAGCUCGGUAUCAAAAUGACGACUUGGUGGAGAAAAUAACUAAAAAUGCAUCACACCUUUUGCAUGCUAAAAAUAAGAACGGUGAUACAGCACUACAUGUUGCUGCAAGAUAUGGGCACGUCUCUACACUAAGGAAGUUGUUCGAUGCAUGUCUCUCGAAUUUACCAUUUCCAUAUUCUGAAAAUCCCAAAGAGGCCGUCGAAGAAACCCUGGUGAGGAACAAGCAAGGAAACACAUUCUUUCACGAGGCACUAUUGAAUGGUCAUGCUCCCAAAGAUGUAAGGAGUAUGCUACGUUCCAAAGAAACAUCGAUUCGGGUUGGCUUCACGGAGUUGGUUGAGCGAGUUGCGUUGUUUCGCACAAACAAUGAUGGCCAAUGUGUUUUGUACUUGGCAAUUGAGGGAGGCUACAAGGAAUUUGUUAUGAAUGCAUUGGAGAAAUUGAGAUCCCAACACUCUGCAUUGGAUGAGUUGAUUCAGAAUCACCAAGAGUUGGUUGAAAUUAUUUCCAAAGACAUUGAACCAGCUGCACCACCACCUCUUCCACCACAGUUUAGAGAAAAUGAGGAUAGUUUAUAA